CGAUCGUCCUUGUAAGAGUAAAUCUCGUGCGCAAAUUUUUAUCAGAAGUAUCUUGCGAAGCGUUUGAGAUCGUUAUCACAUGCAAUUGCAUUAAUCGAUUUGACCGAAAUGCGAAGAAGGAACAUACGUAUAUAUGGCGUACUAUACAAUUAGUUGCAUAAUUUACAUUUUUUAUAAUAAUUUACUCGCUUUUGGUAACGAAUGUACGACAGUGCCAUCGGGUGAAUUCUAUGCAAUCGUAGUAUUAUUCCUGCGGUAGAUUUACUGGAUUUGUAAUAUCUAUCAAAAGAAAAGAUUUUUGUAUUUUUAUGUUAAACAAAAACACAAAAAAAUCUUUAUUCAUUUCGUGCGCUUUCCAGAUUUAUUUUCUUCUAUCUUUCUGUAAACAUAUAAUGAUUUUAGCCGAUUUAGCGGCAUUAAUUUCAUCGUUGAAAUACAAUACUGGAUUGAAUAAUGAGGAGGAAACCAAAUUGAAUCGAAUUGAAUCUCGCCAGUUUCACGUUGCAACACGAAGAGAACGUAUGUAUAUCUCGUUGCGACGUGAUUGGUUCGCCGCUUCGAUUCGAUAUCGCCAAAUUGCGAUUCUCGAACGCAAUCAGCCGUGAAAUGGCGAUUAGUCGGUAACGUAAACGGAGCAACGGAGAGUCCCGCGUCCGGAGCGUACGAUUGCGUUCAAGCCGGUCGAUUUGUCGCGAUCGGUGCCGUCUAAAGGUGAAUAUCACUCGCGAAAGUUUAUCGGGAGUGCCUCCGAUCGAAGUAUCGUACGUCCGCGUUAAAACUGCGUAGAACCGUAUACCGAUAUUCACGGUUUGGUACUGUUGGGUUACGUAUGUGUGUGUGUGUGCGUGUGUGCCUAGGUACUGCGCGUUCCCGAAAUAAGUCCCGUUCUUCGGAAUCAAACAUUACCUUUCAAUGUGUCACAUUGUUACGUUCUCGGCGAAAUGCGGCGCGGGUUGGUGCACGAGCAUCGCAAGUAAUACGCAGAUCGUUUUAUCUCGGGAGUGUUUAUUCGUUCGUGAUCGCGAAAUAUUGAACAACGAUUCCGCAUUCAGUGUCCUGUGCAACGGAAAGAGAAGGAGGGGAAGGCUUGACAACCCAGACGUUCUGAGAGGAGGAGGAGGCCUGGCAAAGGCAUCGGGUCCCAGCGGAGCAACUUUGGGAAUCAUCGCAACUACGUGGCAGAAUAACUCCGCUCGUUGCGCAUCGGUCGGUGAGUCUUUUUACUUCUUAUUUAUGUAUUAAUAAGUAAAAAUACGGGUAGGUAGGAAUCCGCGAAAAUAGGUAGGCACAAAUGAAUAAAAAUACGGGUAGGUAGGGACUAGACUAUGCAAAGAGACGCACGAAGCGAAUUAAAAGCAAGGUUGAAGCGAGGCGAUCGAAGAUUAUAGUAUAAUCUUCGGGACGUAUUAAGAAGAUAGGACUUAUGAAAUUAUUGUCCCUUUGGAUCUCACGUCAUUCAUUUUGAAUGUCUCACUUAAUAUUUGAGGUGAGAUCAAAUAAUGUUCGCGAUUUAUCUCGCGGUUCGAUUUGCGGUUCGGUUCGCGACUCAAAUUAUGCUAUAAAAAUUGUUUGCUUUUUCGUUGAUUUAUUGAUUGAUGGAUUUUUAAAUUUUGGUUCUUCCGUGUUUCUGCAUUAUGAUAUUCAAAUUUAGAUAUUCGCGAUUGAGAUAUAAUCGCGACGAUUUGAUUAAAAAACGCGAUUAACAUAUUCUUUACAUUCUUUGAUAUAACUCUUUGUUUUUUUUGUUUUGUAUCAUUUUGAUAUAUUUCUUGAUAAGAAACGUACC